AUGUCGAAUCCCGCCUCAUUCGAUUCGCCUCGGCGGUCUGCCGUAUUUGGUCGCCAACCAGAAGAGCUACAUAUGCCUGCUUCGGGCCAGACGCCGGUGCAACCCAACCCCCCCUCCAUCAACGUCCACUCCAGCGCCCAGGCUCUGCAAUAUGGCAGCCCCAGUGGAAACAGCAGCGGUACGCUUCCAGGUGCCUUGACUCCGGGUGGUCAACAUCGUCCGCCCGCCGUCUCGGUCAAUACAGCCCCGUCCGUCAUUCCCACCUUACCACAGACAACACCACAGUCUACUCAUCGCGCGAGUAUGGUCAACUCUCACGGACAUUCCCGAUCCACUCCCUCUGGCUUUGAUCAGACCAUGUACAAGCAACAGAGUGCGGGGGAGGACACCAGGUAUCCCUCUUCCCCUGGUGCUGGAUACCCGCCCCACACACCGCAAGGAUCCAAGUACUCGCCCUUAGGGCUUUCAGACAUUCGUCCUUCCAGCGAUCAGCUCGGUCUGGGAGACUCGCUCCUGAGCCCUGGAAGUGGUGGCGGUGGCGGCCUUCUGCCUUACAACGGCGACACCCAGAUACCCUCCAACAGCAAUUACGUUGCUCCAUGGCCUAUAUACGCGGUAGAUUGGUGCAAAUGGCCGAUCACAGGAAAUUCCAAUUCAUUCGGAGGGAAGCUAGCACUGGGAAGCUACCUUGAAGACAAUCACAACUUUAUUCAAAUCAUUGACGCACACUGGACCCAACCAGAUCCAGACACACCGGACGCCGCAGCAGGAGAAAUCAAGCUGGAAUACGUGAAAACUGCAGAGGCGACGCACUCAUAUCCUGUCACGCGUAUUCUUUGGGAACCUCCAUCGUCUCAAAAACAAUCCACUGAUCUCCUCGCCACAUCGGGUGAUCACCUCCGCCUUUGGUCUCUUCCCCACUCCCAGCCGGUGCAGGGCUCAAACUCGAUUACACGGACUGCAAACCAGCGAGAAACUCCUACUACCAAGCUUUCUCCGUUAGCCUUGCUUUCCAACUCGAAAUCCCCCGAACACACCGCCCCGAUCACUUCCCUCGACUGGAACACAAUCUCCCCAAGCCUCAUUAUCACUUCUAGCAUUGACACAACCUGCACGAUUUGGGAUAUUCCUACAUUGACAGCUAAAACACAGCUCAUCGCUCAUGACAAAGAAGUGUAUGAUGUCAGAUUCUGCGCGAAUAGUGUCGACGUCUUCGUCAGCUGUGGUGCUGAUGGCAGUGUGCGUAUGUUCGAUCUGCGGAGUCUGGAACAUAGCACCAUUAUCUACGAGCCGAAUGACAAGGUCGAACGCCCCGUAAUGAGUCCCGGGAACGCCAGUCCAUCAGGCCCAUCACAGACGGGAAUGUACCCUCCUCCCUUGUUGCGAAUCGCAGCAUCUCCCCAUGAUGCCCAUCUCCUGUCAACUUUUUCAUCGGAAUCCAACGUUGUGCGUGUUCUUGAUGUGCGUCAACCAGGACAAGCCCUUCUUGAGCUGAAAGGCCAUUCCGCCGCACUAAACUGCGUCGAAUGGUCACCAAGCCGGCGUGGCAUCCUCGCGUCCGGUGGAGAUGACAGCCUCGUCCUGAUCUGGGACUUGAUCAACCAAAAUAACGCCGUCCCUGUCCCCGCUGCCACCCAAGUUCCAGGGGCGCAGGCUCCCGCUCCAACUGAACGCGGGCCCGCCGCCGCUUGGCAAUGCGAUUACGAAGUAUCCAACAUCAGCUGGUCACCACAGGGCGGACCUGGCCACGACGGAUCUCCCCGAGAAUGGCUCGGCGUCUGCGGCGGACGAGGCAUAUGGGGUGUGUCGCUGUAA